GAAAAGCCUACCCUGGUGCUUGAGGCUACAUUAGCUGUAGCUAGCUUAAGACCAAACUGUUGGAAGGCAUGUUGCAUUGUGGGUAAUGUAGGCACCAGGUUUUUGAGGAAGUACGCGUUGAAUAAAUAUAUUGGCUGUUAUAAUUUCAUUCCUUUUUUUUGUCCAUCAUGAGUAUGUCAGUUUCAUUGGAGUGCAAUGCUAAUUCAGUGAAGUGUUUUUAAAGAAGGCUUUGUUUCAUUCAGGAUGUGGUACCAAGCUGGCAUUCGGUGAUUUUGCGUUCCAGCUUGUUGAUGGUUCUCAUGGAGAUUGGCAAACUGACGCUGUGGGCCUCGAGCAACGUGGAGAUGACCGCUAUUUCCUCCAGGUGGCUUUGAGCAUCAAAAUGACCAACCCCUUCUUAACGUUAAUGCUGCCCAGUAUUCUGAUCGUCCUGGCUGAUAUGGUCAGCUUCGCUCUGCCGCUGGGAGGUGGCGAACGCAACUCUUUCAAGGUCACACUAGUGCUCAGCUUCACCAUGUUCAUCAUCAUCCUCAACGAUCAGCUCCCCGGAGACAGCUCUUGCAGCCCCAUCAUCCGAACCCACUUCUGUGUUUGUCUGGUCCUCAUGGUAUUCAGCAUGUUGGUGUCCAUGGUGCUGACAAGGUUGGCCGAAGAUGGCCGUCUCUUUUCCUGCUGCGGCUCCAAAGGAUCAAAGCCAGAAGUCACAGGAACCAAAAAUGAAAAAGAGGAUGAAGAGGCCAAAGCUGACAUCAGUGUUGUUCAGCUGAAUGGCUCAGAGGAGGACAGUCGAAUGCUCAGAAAGGUGGUCAACUUCCUGGAAGCUUUUGCCGCACAGACAGCUGAAAGUGAAAGAAAUCGGAAGUUUGCCAAAAAACUGGACCAGAUAUUUUUCUGGUUGUAUUCAAUUUUGGGCACGAUAUACUUCUUUGCCAUGAUCUUUACGAUGGCUAAACACCAAUGCGUCGUUAACCAUUUUGACUUCUGGUACUAAUAAAAUGCAUGUCAUUAAAGAUUUAAAGAUUGAUGCAAAUCUAAGCUCACUAUUAUUUUUUUACAUUUGUUUAACCUCACAUCUCAUAUGUGGUGCUGAUGUGUGUCGGCAUGUUUCUCAAAAUCUAACAAGUUCAUCCUUGAAUUCUGAUGUAAUUUUCAGUCACAUCAUGCAUGUACGAAUGUGAAACUGAGAUUUUAUUAUUUAAUAUUUUUCUAUAUUUAACAACACCUGUUUCAGGCCUUGUAUGGCAUAAUUACAAGAUUUUUCAGUAGUUUUUAUGCAUGGAAUUAAGUGCUUAAAAUAUGCCUCUACAAAUAUAAUAAAUGAAGGGAAAAGACAAA